AUGUUAAAAAUAGCAAUCUUCCAGCGCGUGUCCACGUACGCACACCGGGGUGACCUGGCGGGGCUGUCGCGGUGGCGCCUCGGAUCCCUGAAGCGAGAAGGGACGGCGAAAGCGCGGGCGAGCGCGGGGGACGCGGGAGAAGGGGAAGGUGGCUCCAAGGCGCUCUCGCUGCACAGCGGCGCCAAGAAAGGCGGCGACCCCGGGGGCCCCCUGGACGGGGCGCUAAAGGCCCGCGGCUUGGGCGGCGGAGACCUGUCGUUGAGCUCGGAUUCGGACAGCUCGCAGGCCAGCGCCAACCUGGGCGCGCAGCCCAUGCUCUGGCCGGCCUGGGUCUACUGCACGCGCUACUCCGACCGGCCGUCUUCAGGCCCCAGGUCCCGCAAACCAAAGAAGAAGAACCCCAACAAGGAGGACAAGCGGCCACGCACGGCCUUCACCGCGGAGCAGCUGCAGAGGCUCAAGGCCGAGUUCCAGACCAACAGGUACCUGACCGAGCAGCGGCGCCAGAGCCUGGCCCAGGAGCUCAGCCUCAACGAGUCACAGAUCAAGAUUUGGUUCCAGAACAAGCGUGCCAAGAUCAAGAAAGCCACGGGCAACAAGAACACGCUGGCCGUGCACCUCAUGGCGCAGGGCCUGUACAACCACUCCACCGCGGCCAAGGAGGGCAAGUCGGACAGCGAGUAGGCCGGGCGGGCGGCGCCACGCAAUGCAAUAAUUUAAAGUCGCAAAUAAAGGGCCAGUGUAUAAAGAUUAUACCAGCAUUCUUAGUGAAAAGAUCGUGUAUUAGCUACGGUUCUGCAAUAUUCUAUGUAUAUAUAAUUUACAGGUGGUGUAAAACCCAAAAUAUGACUAUAAAAUAUUUUUUGAUUUUUUUUGUGUUUAUGAGAUUAUGUUAAUUUUAUGAUUUUUUUUUUGUGUGACGGGGACCACUUUCAUCUUUUUUAAUCCCCUAAGCUCCAUUAUGGGACAUCGGACACUUUUUUUUUUUAAUUUCAAAAUAAGAAAAAAUUAAAACAACUUGCUGAAGUCCAAAGAUUUUUAUUGCUGCAUUUCACACGACUGUGAACCGAAUAAACAGCUCCUACUUGGUCUAUGAGUUCUGCCACUUUGUUUGUGUGGGCUUGGUGAGGUCAGCAGGAGGGGGUCACACCCCAGCCUCUGCCAGGGCAGCACCAGGGCCAUGGCCUGCCAGGAGACGUUGGGGUUCUCGGAGAAGUGUGGGAGCGUGGCCGUGGGGAGUGCAGGCGCCCUGGGCCCUGCUCCGUCCCUCCCCUCCUCCUGCCUUCUCUCCCUGUCCCACUUGCCCCUCGCCAGGCCCUGCGUGCUUCUGUGCUGCCAUCUGCGUCUGUCACUGUCCCCUGUCCCGCCACCCAGUGCUAGCGCCAACUCUCCGUCUCCGGGCACGGGGGCUCCCCGGCAGAGAAUUCCGCGAGUGGUAGGGUGACCUCUCCCCUCCUCCUGGCCCCAGCCCAGGGGAUCUGCAGCUCCACCGGCCUCCCAGAAAUCCGCAGGGCCGAGCCCCAGAAAUGGCGGGGUCCAACGGCUCCGGGUGAGCGGAGUUGGCAUUUUCUUCCUUUCCUUUUUCUCUUUUCUCCUUUUUUUUUUUAAAGUGGCCGUUUCUGCUUUCGAGAGCAUUCUCUCGCGGUGACUCGUGUGUGUCUACAGACGCACUACGCGUGGACACACACAUGAGCCACAGUUCCAGGACAUGUGACUCCCUGGAGUUUUAAAGGCACUCAGAAUCUCCCAGCAUCUAGAGGAAGGAAGAAAACAUGUAAAUAAUCCUUUCUUACCACUUUUUGUCUUUUGUUGUUUUUUUAAUAUACAUUUUAUUUUUUUGAAGGUGCGGUACAGUGUAAAUUAAAUAUAUUCAAUAUAUUCCUGCCAAGUACAUAUAUAUAAACAAACACAUUACCCUAUAUAUAUAGUUCCACUCCGUCUUCCAUUUAGUGUAUGGAAAAGGACUCGAGUCCAAAUGUCUAUCUGUGGUCGGGACAGCCCAGGGUGUGCCCAUGGCGGAGACGGGAGUCAUGGCUGUCCCCUGAGGACCGAGGGUGAACUUCUCUCUUUUUGCCUUAAACCUCUUUAUUUCACUGCGAUGAUAGUUUCACUUUGUACACACUAGUGUAAACCUUUUUAAAAAGGAAACUAUGAAACAAAAGUUGUAAUUUAAAACUCUGUGAAUAACCAUCUGCUGCUUAGGAAACUCAAUGAAAUGCUAUGCCUUUUUAGCAGGAAGAAAGUUUUUCGGUUUAUUUUAUUUUAUUUUAUUUUUUUGUUGAUAAAACAUGUGCAUUUUACAGUUCCAGUAUCCAAUAUUUAUAAUCUUAUGAGCAAUGAAUGUUUCUAUUUACAACUGUGGUUAUCAAAAUUGUGAACAUCCCCCCUGCAUUUUUGUGUGUUUCAAUUCUUGAAAGUUACAUUAAAUAAUAAUUUUAAAAAACUA